AUGGACAUCAAAAAACUUCCUCAAGCGUGGAAGCACGAAUCUGAGCUUGCCCUUGUGAGAGACUACUUCUACCCGGAACACAAAGAGCCUGAUCCCUUCGCACCUGCUGCCUCCGACAAGCGCUUGGAUGCUAUUGAUCUCAUCGCGCUCUACCUGCUCAGAAAUCCCGGGACGCCACAUGCCAUGGCGGCGACAGCCAAUCUUACCGAAGCUUCACUACACAACGAACAGGCCGAUCGGGACAGCCAUAUCUCGGAUAAUGCCAUGCGGAGCAUCUACGCUAUGGCAUUUGUCAAGUUUGUUAACGGCUUUGUUGAUCGUGACGUGGCUAAAGCCAACACCGCUUCGCUGGCACUCGGUGCGGAGCCUAUAGAAGUUGAUGACGACUACGACAGCGAUAUCUUGAGAAGUAGCGAUGACGAAUCUGGUGAGAUGAAGGCCAAGGUCAAGGGCGGCGGCGAGAGUUCCAUGUACGCUUACGCUGCGAAAAUUGGAAUGCCCGAAGACUUCGUCGAUCUUAGGCACAAUAUCGUGCAUGGGGACAUCCCGCCGCUCGAAACAUUGCGAGGUUACAACAAACAAGCUUUGGGCUGGUUAUGGGAGAAAUGGUGGACUAGAAACGCGACUGGAGACCCAACUCGGGCAAAAUCUGAGAUGGAGGAGCAGGCGCAGGUGGCGGAUGCUGCGAGACGGAGGUCGAUUGAGGCGUGGCAACAGUACGAUGCAGCAAAAUCAUCAGCAGACGCGACAUGA